UUUUUGAAGGGAGUGGAAGUAGUGACAAAAAUAACAUGUGGAAGUAGAGAAUAAACUAAAAAAGGGAAAACUGCUACUUCGUUGAGAUGAGCCAAUACAGAAAGAAAUUAAGAGUUAUUCAAAAAACUUUUUGAUCAUAGGACAAGAAUCUUCAAUCUCUGAAAUAACUAUAUGCACAUCCAGAUGAUCAAAGAAAAAAAAUUGGAAAUGCUCAGUAAUUAUUGAAAAGAAAAGGAAAUCUGGCAAGCUAUUCCGAAUUCAAUACACCUAUUGACCAUGAAGUGAAAAAAGUGAUAAAGCUGAAAUGCCACCCCUCACAAAACAGUGGCGCCUUGCCGUUUCACCCCUAGCGCUGGCAUUGCGCUAUCUGAGCAUUUCAAAGAUAGAAGGGGAAGAAAUGCCUAAUGUUCUGUGAUCUUAUCUUCUGCAACUUAACCUAAUAAUUAAAGAACAAUCAAAACAAAAAAGAAUGCCGUAAAUAUCAAAUAAUUAACUAUUUCCAAUAAUUGUAUCCAUUUAUUUUGACUAUUCAAAAUGGGUAAAGAUAAGAAGAGAAAACACAAAAAGAAAAGUAAAAGGCAAAGGUAUUCUUCAGAUGAGAGUUCCAGUGAAACUGAAUGGGUGGAAAAAUCAGUACCUGCAAAAGAAAAAGAAAUAUUGGAAUCGACAACUCCACCCAGAUCUAAGCAAACAGAUUUAGAACAAAGAGAAUGGUUGAACAUUGAUACAGUUUUUGCAACUACUUCUACAGCUGAUAGAAAAAUAUCCCGGGAAAUAGAUAAACAGAAGAAAAAAUUAGAAGACUUAUAUAAUCCUAGCAGUAGUUCUAGAGAAUUAAAUCCUUAUUGGAGAGAUGGUGGGACAGGUUUACCUACAUUUAAAAAACCUUCGAAUGAUCUGGACUAUGAUACAAGCCAGAAAAAAGAACAAAAACAAUUUAACUGGAAAGCUUCUAAACCUGAUAUUGAUGAAAGUCAAAUAAACAAAAAAAAUGAUAGAAAGGAAAUUUCUUCAUCCUUAGAUCCUAAUGCUAUUGCCGCUAAACUUGUGAAGGCUGAAAUAAUGGGGAAUACAAAACUUGUAGAAGAAUUGAAACUUAAAUUAGAAGAAGCAAAACAAGUAAAAAUCAUUGAAAGUGAAAGUAACUCUGAUAUUUUACUCACCCAAACAAAUUCAAAAGGAUUUUCAAGACCUUUGACGGGAUCAGAUGAUGAGUGUGAAUUCAAAAAAAAGAAAAGAAAGGUAGAAACUCAUUCGAAAAAUGAAAGAACUAAAUAUUAUGCUGAUGAUGAUAGAUAUUCAUUGAAGCAAAUGUUUGAAGCUGAAAAAUAUAACUCUGUUGAUAGCUCCAAUAAAGAGUUCGCUAAAAUGGCUAGUAGUAUUAAGAAGAAUGAUAAUUUAGAGGAUAUAUUUACCGAUAAGAUAAGACACCAUGUAGCUUCAAAAGAUGUUAAUAAAGCUAUCAGUGAACAGCAAAGAAUUAUUAAAUCUGUAGAUAACUGUACAAAAUGCUUACAAUCAGAACAUAUGCUCAAAUAUCUUAUCGUAGAUUAUGAAGAAAACUGUUAUUUAUCAUUGCCAAGUCAUGAACCUUUAACUGAAGGACACUGUUUACUGAGUCCAGUCAGACAUGUUUCUUGUUCUGUUCAAUUAGACGAAAAUGAAUGGAAUGAAUUCAAUGUAUUUAGAAGGAAAUUGAUUCAGUUAUUUGAGAAACAAGAUAAAAGUCUUGUAUUUUUUGAAAUAUUCAAAUCAGUAAAUAGAUGCCCGCAUAUGGUAUUGGAAUGCAUACCGAUUCCAAAAAAAAAAAAAGAGUUAGCUAAAAUAUAUUUUCGAAAAGCUAUUGAGGAAUCCGAAUAUGAAUGGUCACAUAAUAAGAAAUUAAUUUCUUUGAAUGAUAGAGAUGUAACAAAGGCUAUUCCUAAAGGUUUACCUUAUUUUUUUGUCAGCUUUGGAAUGAAUGAAGGAUUUGCCCAUAUUAUCGAGGAUCAAAAUAUGUUUCCUUACAAUUUUGCUCAGGAAGUCAUUGGUGGCAUGUUGAAUAUUGAUCAUAGUAAAUGGAGGAAACCAAAAAGAGAGAAUUUGGAUUCACAAAACUCACGUGUGUCAAAUUUUAAAAAGUGGUGGAAAAAUUUAUCAAACAAUUAAGUUUUUAUUUUUGGAAGAAAAGCAGAAGAAGUAUAAAUGAUCUGGAAUAUAAUUUUUAUUGCUGUCAUCAUUGGAACUGACUUGAUGUGAAAUUAAAUGGUGAAAGUUUGUUUCACUAUGAUACAGUGUUGAACAUAAUAAUAGUUAUUAUUAUUGAUUAUAUCCUCUGUGAAACAA